AUGGUCGGUCGCCUGGCCGCAGGUAGCCGCUCUGCCUACCCCGCGCCGCGGGCGGGGGAGGGGGGCGGGGCCUGGCGCCGGCCAAUCAGCGGCAAAGCCUUUCGCCGCCGGGUUUUGUCACGCUCAGCCGUGAGGACGGGAGAUCCAGGGCGGCGACGGCGGGGAGCCCUGUCACGGAGCAGACACCUGCUCGCACUCGCCGCCCACGCCCAGGCGGCGGGCGCUGGCUCGUCCUCCCAUCUGCGGCACCGGUACCGGCAGCAGCAGGGCCCGCCUCUGCGCGUCCCUCCCGUCCUUCCUCCUGGGCGGCGGGUGUGGGCACUACGGGAAGCCCGUACCGUAGGGCUGGCGGCGUGGCCCGAGACCCGAGUGCUCGGUGGCAGAAUCGAGUUUGAGCUCGGUGUACUAAAGAGUUUAAAACACACGGUACGCGCCGUUUCCAAGGCGGACCCCGCCUCCCCCACCCGCGCGCGGGACCGCGGCCUCCGCCGACGCCCUGCUUUUGGGGAUGGGACGAGGAGAGGGCGUGUGACGGUGGGAUUCCUGCGGGUCGAAGACCGCGUUCCUGUCCCUGCCCCCUCCGCCACUCCAGGGCGUGGAGGCGAGCUGAGCUUAAAGGGAAGCCGCCCGCGCGUGUGCAGCGGCCGGGGCGGGCGGGGGCUGUGGCCUCCCGGCCCCAGAGCCCUUGGCUCCUCUUUGGCGCCCUAUUGCCCCGCCCCCCUUGACCGUUCGUGCGGGUUCACAGCAGCUGUUGGAGCCAGUGAUAACGGGGCUUAAAGCAAACUAGAGAUUUUAUCUUCUCCCUUGGACUGGCGGGUCGGGAGACAAAAGUCACUGCCCUCCUGCGGGCGUUCUCAGCCUGCGCGACUGAAAGGGCUAAUGCUGCCCUUCCCCAGUCACCACAGAAUGGGUAAAAAAGGCCGUCCACCCCACCACCAUCUCAUGGUUCCUUGUGCUAUACCUAAAGUCAGCCAGCAGCACAAGAGUAACGAUAAUACCAUGGGCCAGCGAGGCCCUGGGUGGGGGUGGGGGAAGAUGACUGAAUGGCCUCCUGUCACUGCUUGCUCUGAAUCCGCUGGAGGAGCGCCAGCUCAGCAACCCAGGCAGCUCUUCCUGCCUCCCUCCACCCGGUGCCCCUGCUUCUGUCUGCAGGAGUGUCCCUCCCUGCAGGCUUCCUUCCGCUUGGCCUGGCCCAUCCUGUUGAUCUGAGCCUGAAGGGUUGGAGCAGCUGGCCCGGGCACCUGCUGCAGGGCAGGAAGCUCCUGUGUGUGCCCAGCAGCAGGCCUGCCUGCCUUCCUGUCAGGGAGCCGCCCCCUGGAGUUGUCACAGCCAGACCCCCAAGCCCGAACCCUGUGUCUUCGAGAAUGUGGGACCUGUUGGCGUGGUGCCCCCCCUCCCACGCUGAGUUGUAGGGAGCAUUCAGGACUUGGGGUGAUCACUACAGGAAAGAGGGAAGAAAAGGGUAGGAGGGUGGGUAUGGGGGGGGGCACAGUUCCUGGAGAUUCAGAGAAAGCCGUUCCCCAGGCACUUCAGACCCAACAUCGCCAAACUGUGUGCAGCCUUAAGAGUUCCUCAUCGCCCAUCCAGUCCCUGUCACCUCCCUCAGAAUGAAAUCAGAGGCCACCCCUUUAUGAACUAGGAGUCUCCAGGUACUUUCUCAACCUUUCCAACGGUCUACUCAGUUCUCCCUUUGCCCAGAGCCAGCGUAUAGUGCGUUUUCACGUCCCCAUACCACACCCCCAUUCAAUAAACACUUUGAUGUUCA